AAUCGUCCGCGCGACACGGACCGCUGCCUGGUCCCCGUCCACAGCACAGCUGCGGCCGCACGGACCGCCGCCGUCCACCCCCUCCCUCCGGCGCCGGUACCGUCCACCCUCUACCUCCGCAGGCGCCUUCCACCUCUCCCUCCGCCCGUCGCCGUGCCGCUAACUACGAGGUGGGGGGAUCGGCCACCAAGCUGAUCGGCUUCCUUCGCCUGCGGAAUUUCUCGCGUCUGGUGUGGCUUCUGCUCGAGCUCGCGUCACACGUCCCCCCUGAGAUCCGCCCGUCCUGAUGGAGGAUCCCAAAACCCUACCCUCUCCUUCGGUCUCCUCAACCGAGUCGCCGUCGCCGCAGCUGCCUCCACCACCGGAUGCAUGGGUCGCCGAGUAUCGGCGCCUCCAUCCCCAGUGGGAGUCAGUGCGCGAUUCUACCAAGAUCGCUAUCCCAGUUUCAAUAUCUAGAGUCAACCAAUUUGAUGCCGCGAGGCUUGAUGUCGAGAUGUCUGCUAUGUUGAAAGAGCAGUUAGUCAAAGUGUUCUCUUUGGUGAAGCCAGGACUCUUGUUUCAAUACGAGCCUGAACUAGAUGCUUUCCUUGAGUUCCUCAUAUGGAGAUUCUCUAUAUGGGUUGACAAGCCAACUCCUGGGAAUGCGUUGAUGAACCUGAGAUAUAGGGAUGAACGGGCAGCGCCCACUACAGGAAAAGAAGUCAGAACAGGUUUGGAAGGACCUGGACUUUCAGUUUCUCAAAAGAUUUUGUAUUGCAUUACCACUGUUGGUGGCCAAUAUAUAUGGUCCCGCUUGCAGUCUUUUUCUGCUUUCCGUAGAUGGGGUGAUUCUGAACAGAGACCACUAGCACGUCGUGCUUGGGGCUUGGUGCAGCAUGCUGAAGGCUUAUACAAAGCUUCUUCAUUCUUUAACCUAUUGUUAUUUCUUUAUGGUGGAAGGUAUAAAACUAUUGUGGAAAGAAUUCUGAAAGCAAGACUUGUUUAUGGGAGCCCCAACAUGAAUAGAGCAGUAAGUUUUGAGUACAUGAAUCGGCAGCUGGUUUGGAAUGAGUUUUCGGAAAUGUUGCUUUUGCUCCUUCCCCUCUUAAACUCAUCCUCAGUAAAGAAGUUUCUUCUACCUUUCUCCAAAGAUAAAUCAGCAAGUUCUUCUGGCGAUGAAGCAGACUGCCCUAUAUGUCGCUCUGGUCCUAGCAUUCCCUUCGUCGCUCUCCCAUGUCAACACAGGUAUUGCUAUUAUUGCCUGCAGACACGCUGUGCAGCCACAAGCUCUUAUAGAUGUGCACGGUGUAAUGAGAUUGUUGUUGCUAUUCAAAGACAAGGAUCAAGCUAAUUUAGGGUUGAAUAUACACGUACAGUGUAACGAAAACCAAUACAGCUAAUUUGAUUCGCGACGUCUACACGAUUUCUUCAAAACAUGCAUUGCUGUUAUAGGGAAAAUGCCUUGAUUGUAGUAUUUUAUGGCGGCCGGACCAGAUCUUCUGUUUCGUACUUUCGUGCUCCGUGUACCAUGCCAUUACCAAGAUGACCACAGACAUGGCCGUGGCCAGAGGUGGAGAUGAGACAGAAGAAUACAAAUAGGGUGGGGGAAGCAAAUCGGACUUAAAAGAUCUACUAUUAUGUCACUAUUGUUCAGUGGCCUCUUGUUCCUCCCCCUCCCAUCUCUCCUAUUUUCUAUGGCGGAUUCUGUGUAUAGGGGAGCUCUGUGUAUAGGGGAGCUGAGCCCCUAGAUUGGAUCCGUCCUAUUAUUAUUACCGUCAAUAACAUCUCCUUAUGAAAACUAGGGUUCACAUGUUAGUGACGGUGAUGUUAAAGGAUCAUGUUUUGAAGCGAAUACA